AAAGACACAAUACCCAUAGUCGGCAAACCGCCCAGGAAGCAACGCAGCAGCCGCUUUGUUGUCACAGAAAAGGUCGAUAUAGAACGCCUCCCUCCCUUCAUGGAAACUCCUCCAAGCGAACGACCUCAUUUAUUUAUCAAGAAACUUCACCAGUGUCGCGUCCUCUUUGAUUUCAAUGACGCCAGUGCUGAACUCAAAGGAAAACAAAUUAAGGCCCAGACUCUACACGAGAUGCUCGAGUACAUUACAACCCAGCGAGGUGUCAUAACUGAAAACAUAUACCCAGAGGUGGUCAAUAUGUUUGCCACCAACCUCUUUCGCUCUAUACCUCCCCCCGUAAACCCAACUGGAGAUGCCUUUGACCCAGAAGAGGACGAACCCGUUCUUGAGCUGGCAUGGCCACACCUGCAAAUCGUUUACGAAUUCUUCCUUAGAUUCGUCGAAAGUCCAGAUUUUAAUACUAACAUGGCGAAGCGAUACAUCGAUCAACCAUUCGUCCUGAAUUUGCUCGAGCUCUUUGACUCUGAAGAUCCUCGGGAACGCGACUUUUUGAAGACCACUCUUCAUCGAAUUUAUGGGAAAUUCCUCAAUCUACGAGCCUUUAUCCGACGUUCAAUCAACAAUGUUUUCUUCCACUUUGUCUACGAGACCGAACGCCAUAAUGGCAUCGCCGAACUCCUGGAGAUUUUGGGUUCAAUCAUCAACGGUUUUGCACUUCCCUUGAAAGAGGAGCACAAGAUUUUCUUGACGCGCGUUCUCAUUCCACUCCACAAAGUGAAAAGCUUAUCCUUGUACCAUCCACAACUGGCAUAUUGCGUCGUACAAUUUUUGGAGAAGGAUCCUGCAUUGGCGGAGGAGGUAAUGAUGGGACUUUUAAAGUAUUGGCCAAAGGUCAACUCGCCAAAGGAAGUCAUGUUUCUCAAUGAGGUAGAAGAGGUGCUAGACGUGACCGGCCCCAUCGAAUUCCAGAAAAUUCAAGUACCCUUGUUCCACCAACUUGCUCGAUGCAUCAACAGUCAACAUUUCCAAGUUGCCGAACGAGCAUUGCUGUAUUGGAAUAAUGAGUACGUAGUAAACCUGAUGAGUGAUAAUCUCGCAGUUAUCCUCCCAAUCGUGUUUCCGGCUUUAUAUACCAACUCCAAGUUACAUUGGAAUCGCACAAUACACGGCAUGGUGUACAAUGCCCUUAAAUUAUUCAUGGAAAUCAAUCCUGAUCUUUUCGAUGAAUCUAUGCAACAAUACAAACAACGAAAACUUGCGUUCGUAUUGGUUUUUAAACCUUGGUAUCCAUCCCUAAUGUUUUCUGUCCGCAAACAGAGAGCAGGAACAUGCUGUGACUCAAUAUGCGGCGUGGCAGCAGCUGCGCGAGAGAGCUCUUCGCAACGCGCCGGGAGGAAAGAUGCCUUCAGGUUAUGUCGAACCCCUACGUGCACCACCACCACCUCCCUCUGCCAUCGACGAUGCCGACAUCAUGGAUUUAUCAUUUGA